CCUGGUUAAGGCCUAUUAAGCCUUUCAAGGCGCCUGCCCUGCUUAACCACAGCACAUGGGUAUCCCUGUCUAUUGACGUUUGCGCUCCACUAAAACUUUAACUUCGUUCAUGAAAUCCACUGGCUGAUCGUGUCAACAAUCCAACAUCUUCAACCCUGGUGAAUCCAUCACGGAUUGAGGGAGCUUUCCGUCCCGAACUUGAAGACGACCUCAGCUCUACUGCAGCUAAUCUGAAGUCUUCGUGCGCCCUGUAUCCUAUCUUACACCGAUCGACAUCGCGAAUCCAGACUUCGAGCAGAGCGAAACGAUACCUCGGAGCCUCCCCAUCGACUAUCACGAGCCUGGCGUCUGCUUUCCCAUUGCCGUCCUUACUGCUGCACUGCAUACCUAGUAUGGCUUCUCAAAGCGAGCCGCCUCUGGACGAAAUCCAGUGGCGCCAUCCACAGUCGGCGCAACAAAUGCAAGGAAUCCAUAGCAAUUCGGUGCUUUUCUAUUUCGCACAGUCGCCCUUUUUUGAUCCGACCUCGAAUAACGCCGUGCUGGCGAACCAAGCCAUGUUUAAUCCAGCCAUGUUCCAUCUAAUACAAACCCGUGAAGCAUUUGAGGGCCGGCUUCGGGAUAUGUCGGGCCUUGAAUUCAUAGUCGCGCAAGAACCCGCCGAGACUGCGCCCGGGACUGGCACCGGUGUCUGGGUUAUCCGCAAGCAAACCCGACGCAAGCGCGAUCCUGAGGAUGAGAUAAUCGUACAUGCUACUUACUACAUCGUGGGAGAGAAUAUCUAUAUGGCGCCUACUCUUGCCCAAGUCUUAAGCUUUCGCAUGGCAACCAUCUCUUCAUCCCUGAACAAAUGCUUCCCCGCGGCAGACGAGGCACGCACUUGGACACCAUCUCAAGGGCACAUAUACAAAAUGUCACAAGCUACUCCUAAUUCUCGUCCGCGAAAUGCUGUGGAAUCUAAAGAAACAACGCCGCGGCCUGACGAGACCGCCGCUGCGAAUAAAAACACUAGCACUUCACAAUUGAAGAAGCCAGAUGCUGUUUUAUCGAGCUUUGAUUUGGUCCGACACGCCGAGCAUUCCAUGCUUGUGCAUCUACAGUCUGGCGGUGACUAUGAGAACGAGAACCCCAUUACAGGUAAACCAGGUGCCUUCAACCUGAGCAAGACGGGUCGAACAGACAAGCUCCAGGUCCCAGGUAUCACAGCUCUAAAUACAACUUUCAAGAGCACAUCAAUUUUAGACCUUGGGGUGAAAAAGGCGAAAGACGGAAACUCUAAGGCCGGAGACAAGACUCCGAAGACUCCUACUAGCGGUACAUCCAAGCUCAAGCGGAAAAAGAGCAAGACAGGCCAGACGCCGACCUCCUCGUAGGGCGAGGGAGACGGCCUGGCCAAGAAGAAACUUACACGGGAAACUGGGGCUCCAAGAAGGAAGAAAGCCAAGCAAAUAUCAGGGGAUGUUACGAUUUAGCUAAUUUGGUUGAAGAUGAUGAUUAUGCAUCCUCAAAGUGUGCAACGUGUGGCGUUUUGGAACGGGGAGUACUGGAAGGCAGCAUUUGAUACCCAUGUUUCGAAUAUAACAAUAUGAUCUAUCGGGACUCCUCAUCGUGGGAAUAGACAUGAACUAA